AUGGGCAAAAAGCGGAAAAGACCCAUCAAGGACCGCGGUCCCACGUCUCACAUCGGUAUCACCACAUCUCCCCGUUUCAGAACGCCCCAUACCCCAAUUUCCCUGGAAACAAAAACAAGCCAUCCCGUUAUCUCCCUGUACUACCGACAGGUCGUACCUUUGCGGGAGUACCUGCUCCAGCAACUCCCCGUGACCUCCAAGUCGCGUCGGCGUCGCAUCCUGACAUUGGACUCGCGUGAAGACAAUGCAUCCCAAACAUUGGCGGAGCUGCUAGACUCCACCCUGGUGGGUGUGCUGAAGGAGUCUUCUCCGACCCUCAAUUCAGAGCGACAAAAGGAAUACUCAUCUUUUAAUGCGUCUCAAUCACGGUCGAUCCUCGCCAGCACUGAUACGGGACCGACCUGUCCGCAGUCUGAGGUGGUUGAUUUUGUGAUCUGGAAACUCUUCAAUCAUAACAAUGGCUCCUAUCAAAAGCAUCGGCAUUUGUUGACAUAUGGCUUCCAACGCCACUCUAUGGGGCGGAAUGCUCAAGCUACGAGUAUUCCAGGCAUUGUGUCUCAAGUUCCAAAUCAGAAUGUCCAGACUCUCACAGAGGGGGCAUGGGCAGAGGUCCUUGGCCUACUUGGUAGUAAUGGGGAGGAUAUUAUGAUGCAGCUCCUUUUCGAUUGCGGAAUUUUUGCUGCUAUCAACGCUCAAAAGGGCAUUUACUACCAACUCAGCGGUUUACCACUCUCCGAUCUCGAGCCUCUGAGCGAUGCGUCCUUGGGAGUCAAUGGGUUUGCUGCCACAGCACAAGACCCAAUUCCUACCACUGGUCAGAGACAUUCCAACGAUAAAAUCGAACGCAAACAGAAUUCCGAUAAGACAACCCAAACGCCAAACGACAUUGUGUUUCUACGGCGGCGUAUUCUCUAUGGACGUGCCGAGUCCAAAAAGCAAGUAUCCUCUGGACUAGGACAGACACAUGUUCUUAGCCGCUUCUCAUUACUUGACUCGAUGGCACACACAGUCCAUGUAAUGAAGUACAUCUUUCCCCGGCAAUUUGGCCUACUGAAUGUAUUUACGCUGGACCCGGAUGCAUGCAAAAACACAGAUGCCUCGAAAGGUUUCAUGUUUCGUGAGACUGAGAUAUCUCGUUUGGAAGAAGAGAAACGACUACAACGGCCCCAACUCGGGAACGGAUUCGCAGGCAAAGAUUGUGGCGCCGUGAAGAGUAUCAAAGUACCUAAAAGGCUUCGUGGAAUCACCAUAGAGCUUGUCCGGAAGCUCCGGAAUCGCAACGCACAAUGCUCCUACGGAGAGUUGCUGCGAUACUAUUGUCCAACCGAACAAACCGGACCCAGGACACUUGGCGCAUUUGCCUCUACCUCCACACCUGAUGCCAAAAAAAGCGAGCCUAUCUCCUCGCUCCAGUCAAAUUUAGUAUCACAGAUGCGAGUAAAUCACCUGUCGUCGAGCGAUAAGUUGGCGCAGUCCUCAAGUGAUGUCUCGGGAUUGGAGCCGCACAUGGCUGUCGACACAUCUGGAAUCGAUACCAAUAAACCGGCUCGAAAAAGCCCAGUCAGUCUGACUGAUUAUGCGACUCCGGCGUCUUCUGUCUCAGCAUUUUGUCGAGCGGUGAUCCAGAAAUUGAUCCCUCGCCAGUUUUGGGGGGCUGGUCCGGAUGGUAUCGCGAACCUCAAGAUUGUUCUCAGACAUGUUGACCAGUUUAUCAAAUUGCGCCGAUUCGAAAGUCUGAGUCUGCACGAAGUAUGCAAAGGUGUAAAGAUAACAAGCCUUCCUUGGCUGGAGCCACCCCAGGUCCAGACUACUUCAUCUGAGACAAGAUCGAAGAUCGCCCUGUCUGACUUGCACAAACGCACUGAACUACUCCAUGAAUUCAUGUUUUGGAUUUUCGAUUCCGUUCUCAUUCCUCUUAUUCGUUCGCACUUCUAUGUGACCGAGUCACAAACGCAUCGAAACCGACUUUUCUAUUUCCGCCAUGAUCUGUGGCAGCAAUUGACCCAGCAACCUUUCGGGGACUUGAAAGCAACGAUGUUCGAGGAGCUCGAGCCAGAUCAGGCCCAACGUGUGCUGGCACGCCGGUCCCUUGGUUUCGGUGCUCUCCGUUUGCUUCCCAAAUCUACAGGCCUCCGGCCCAUCUUGAAUCUUCGCAAACGAGCGUGGAAGAAAUCGACAUGGAAAAACCAGCCAAUGUACCUUGCCGCCAGCAUCAAUUCAAGUAUUACACCUAUCUAUAGCAUGUUAACCUACGAGCGUCAGAAAGCUCCUGCCAAAUUGGGCUCGUCAAUGCUCUCCGUUGGAGAUAUGCAUCGCCGAUUGAAGGCGUACAAAGAACGGCUGUCCAAACGGCUGCCCUCGGGUUCUAAACCUUCCCGAUCUAAGCUCCCACCGAUGUACUUUGUCAAGCUUGAUAUCAAAGCUUGUUUUGAUACUAUCCCCCAGAAAAGGUUGCUUGAGCUUAUCGAAGAGCUGGUCUCUGAAGAAAGCUACCGCAUCUCAAGAUACAUGGAAUUCCAACCGCCUGCUCCUGCUGCACACCAAGGAUACUCCACACGAAGAUAUAGGAGCCGCGCUGCGCCUGCGACGAGACCGCAGAACCUACCAGACUUCGUCAAUAGCGGGGGCGCGCCGCGAAAGACCAACACCGUUUUUGUUGACAAUCAAGCUCCACAAGAACGUGAUGUUGAGAGUCUUCUGGAACUCCUCGAUGAACAUGUCCGGAACAACCUCGUGAAGAUAGGCAAGAAAUAUUUCCGCCAACGCAACGGCAUUCCCCAAGGCUCCGUGCUAUCCAGCAUCCUUUGCAAUUUCUUCUACGCCGAGCUAGAGCGAAAGGUAUUGAGUUUUAUCAAACCUGAGAAUUCUCUACUCCUGCGACUCGUGGAUGACUUCCUCCUGGUCACACCGGAUGUAGCCGUGGCAAUGAAGUUCCUGGAAGUAAUGAUCCGGGGCCAACCAUUGUACGGCGUACAAGUCAAUCCCGCCAAAAGCAUGGCAAAUUUCAGCGCAGCAGUUGAUGGCAUUUUGCUCCCCAGACUAGAAGGGACCCCAUUAUUCCCGUAUUGCGGUAGUCUCAUCGACACCCACACGCUGGAAUUUCACCGCGAUCAAGAUCGCAUUCUCGAGGGCGGCGAAUCAGCAGCUGCUACUCUCUCCAACACCUUAACCGUCGAGGCCACCCGCCUCCCCGGCCGCACAUUUUACCGCAAAGUGCUUUCCUCAUUCCGCUUGCAGCUACAUCCCAUGUACAUCGAUGACGGACAUAACUCACGUGCAGUUGUGCUAGCCAACCUCUACUGCAGCUUCAUCACUUCUGCCAUGAAGAUGUACCGCUAUAUGAAGUCGCUUCGGGGCCGUGCGCACCCCGGCCCUACCAUCAUAACACAGACUAUCCGCGAUCUGAUUUUGCAGACGGCUGGCACGAUCCAGGCCCGGCGUGCUGGUUGUUCGAAGGCUUCAUUUUCGUGUUUCGUCCAGCGGUCCCACCUUCAGUAUCUGGCUUCUGCGGCGUUUCGGUUUGUUUUGAAGCGCAAGCAAACGCGGUAUUCGGUGGUGCUGCACUGGUUGGACUCGAUGACGAAAGAUGCUCGACCUACGUCAGAUUCCGAAGCUUUGAGGAUGACGCAGGUGGUGAAAAAGGGAAAUGCGAUCUUUGAGGAAUGGCGGUUCUAG